AUGAGAAAAGGCUGUAAGGUUAGUGAAAGGAGGGUCCAUUUUGAAAGGCACUUUGGCUGCCUGAGAAAAUAUGCUCUUCCUCGUGCUUCAGAAAGUUUUGGAGGUAGUAUUGCUUUCACACAAAAGUUACCUCUUGUAUCUUACCUACAAAAGAGUCGAUUAGGCUCUGCAAGGUUAAGAAAGGGAUGGAGAGACGGAAACAACGAAAUAAGGAAUAAAACUGGAAAACUGAUGAAUUGUCCUGUGUAA